CCAUGAUAAUGGAUGUUGGUGGCCACAAUAUUCCCUGUUGGCAGCCAACGCCUAUAUCAAAAGCAACAUUGAACACAGGGAAGCGGGGCAUCCCCUCAUUUUCCAAUCCGAGUCCUCACCUCCGACUGAGGACACUAUGAUACUGCCAUCAAUAGAACAACCACGCCCUUUUAAAGAAACAACCUCUUUAUAGCAUGCGAAUUCAACAUCCAAGUCUUUCUUCUCUGUAGAUCCAUCUCAUAAAACAAAACCAGCUCAACAUGUCCAAGCUCGCCCAAGUCCUCGCGGCUCUGCACAAGCCGUCUCAGCCCCUUAUUCUACCAAACAUCUACGACCUCCCCUCGCUUUAUGCCAUCCUCUCCCUCAAUACAUCCACCUCCCAGCCCGUCAAAGCCAUCGCAACCGCGUCUUGGGGUAUAGCUGCCACCCUAGGCAUUGCCGACGAGGACCUGACCGCUGAGCAGAACAUUGCUUUCAUUGAGAGAAUCGCUGCCACGGUCAAGGAAGCCGGUCUACCGCUCAGCGCUGAUUUACAGGAUGGCUAUGGGGAACGCAUAGGCGAGAUAGUCACCAAGGCUGUACGUCUUGGUGUUCACGGCGGUAACAUCGAGGAUGCCCUGCCCGGCCGGGGCCGCGACCAAAGCAUCGAGGGUGCCCUGUAUCCCGUGGACGAGCAAGUCGAAAGAUUGAAGACGGCGCUGAAGGCAGCGGCGGAUGCAGGUUGCCCCGACUUUGUGCUCAACGCGCGGACAGACGUAUUUCUACUAGAGGGGCUUUCCGACGAUGUGAAGAUGCGAGAGGCGGUGCGUCGAGGGAAAGCGUACCUCGCGGCUGGGGCCACGACCGUCUUCGUUUGGGGCGGCGCACGGGGCCUCCGGGAUGAAGAAGUGAAGACGCUGGCUCGGGAGUUUGAGGGGCGACUGGCGGUGAAGCUUUCCAUGGGACAGGAGGCUCUCAGCACGACGCAAGUGGCAGAUUUGGGCGUCGCCAGGAUCAGUGUUGGCCCGAGUCUGUACCGCGUUGCUAUGCAUGCUAUCAAGAAGUCGGCCAUGGAUAUCCUUCAAGGAGAUAGACUGGUUUUGUGAAGACCACUCGAAGCGAUGAAUACGAUACUUUCUUGACGCUGAAGUGAAUCGAGCGGCAAACAGUUGGCCCUAGAUAUACGCGUUUAUUGAGUUGUGGUCGCCCCCUGCCCAGGAUGCAUUGAUACAAGUCUUCGGCGCAAUGACUAUUCUUCAUCAUCCAAGUUCCCUGCCAACGACAGAGACGCCUCUAGCCACCGAACUGCAGACCCAUCCACACCUCAAGGCGACAGAUUCUGCAUCCUCACGCUGCUGUCACUGACACUGCCGGUCCCCUUCCCAACAGCCGUCUGGCCAUCAGGCCACUGCACACCACGAGCCGAGUUAGCCUGCCUCAGCUGACGAAGGCGCUGCUGCUUGCGGCGGUAAAUCAACAGGGCGGCAGCAGCAAUCAAACCGA